CUCUCAGCGAUUUCUUGAGGCAUCCAUCACUUGCGUCAAGUGCAGCAUAUGCCUUCCAAGGGUUUGGUAUUUAAAGUGCUUACAACAAAAUACACUUAUCAGCAAUGAGGCUGUCAAUUACAUGCCCCCUCCCCACAACCUCAACCUCACCCUUUUUCCCCCAGGAAAGUAGUGGCUACAUUGGGCAAUGUGUCGAGUGCCAUGAUGCAGUGCAGCGAGCUGUUAAUGAGGCUCAUUAUUAAUAUGGCAACGAUAUGUUUGCGUCAUGAGCAAUGAGCUGGCUGCAAAGGGAAUUUACACGCGCUGCCCUGUCAUCAGCAAGAUCAAAGCACAGCCUCCACUGGAAGUAUACUCACUCCAAAGCCUCUCGAGUCCCGAGUCCCAGUCCCAAGUCCCGAGUCCCAUAGCCAUAAUGUGUUAUGAGUUAUUGGCGGAGUGGGAAGAUGAUCCGCUUCCUGGGAGCCCAGAUCGCCAGUUGCACGAUAUUCACAGAUCUACAGAUACCCAGAUCCCCAGAUCUUCAGUUCUCCGGCUUGUCAGCAGCUGACAGCGCCAUGUCACAGCAAUUUGCCCGGCCGUAGGUGUUCCAUGUCAACUCCAACAGCACAUCGCCACCUACCCGGGAUGUCUGGAUGUCGGGAUGUCGGGAUGUCGGUGUGUAAUGCCCUCUGACAGGCACUCAAAUUGAAUGCUCAAAUUGAAUGCUCACAGCACGGACGACCAGCGAACUGGAUACCAUUUAGCGUUAGAUUUAUUUCGGGCAUUAAACGCAGAUCGCAUUUCAAAAGUGAGUACUCCUACACUGGCCAAAACGGGGAGAAACUCAAGUCUUUAAAGGCUGAAGUGGAAAGAUCCAUGCUAUAAUAGGAUUUAUUUGGAUUUUUAUUAACAGAACAUAGUAAAUUUUUGAAAUAUUAGAUUACAUAUUGCAUGGUUAUCAGUUAUUAUUUUAAGGCCUUCUUUUUUCUCCUUCCUUCUCCUGAUAACAUUUAUUCCCAGUGCAUCUGCAUGCAUUUCCCAAAUGUGCACGAGAAGGGCACUUAAGAGAUCUCCGCAGUCAGACGCCGGAUGUGCGCUAUUUUUCCCAUCCACAGUACAUGUCACUCUCUCCCAAACAUACAUAGUACGUACUACAUAUCCCAAUCCCACUUUUCGGAGCUGGAAAAAAGUGCAAGUUACAAAAGAUAAGCAGAGCCCAUGCAGCAAUCGUAUAUUUCCAAUCCGAUUCGCCGCCGCGAUAAGAUUAGAUUAGGGGCCACCCACCACCAGAUGGGGGAGCAUGGCAUGGAUAGGCAAAUGAGAUGGGCCAAGUGGGCGAUCAAACAGCGCAUAGCCGUUACCAAAAUGCGACGUCCGCUCUCGCCGACACUGGCCAAGUUGGCCGAGCAGGAGGUGAACGAGACGCCCGACCGGAUCCAGCAGGACAUCAUCAUCCUGCGCGUGUGGAUACGCCAGCAGCCGCAUCUGCGUGCCCGCACGGAUGUGGACUUCCUGAUCGCCUUCCUGAGACGCUGCCGUUACAGCUUGGAGGAGACCAAGCGGCGGAUCGAUCGCUACUUCACCCACUACAAUCUAUUUCCGGAGAUCAUGAAUAACCGCUGUGUGACACAAAGACUGCUGGACAUCAACCGCAUGGGCAUUUGCCUCUAUCCGGAUAUGCCGAAGGGCGAUAGUCGCACUGCCAUGUUCAUAGCCCGUUUUGGCCACUUCGAUCCCAAUCUGUACAUGCUGCGGGAGAUCUAUCACUUCUCCUCGAUGGCCAUGGAGGUGAUUGCGCUGGAGAACGACUACGCCUCCCUGGCGGGCAUCUGCGAGAUCAUCGACCUCGAGGGCGUCAACUCGGAUAAGAUGCGCCGAUUCGAUAGGGUUCUGUUUCGCAAAUGGUGGAACUGGCUCUACAAUUGCAGUCCCCUGAAAGUGAAGGAGAUGUACAUCAUAAACAUGCCCAAGGAUAUUCAGGGUACCGUCAUGUUUCUGUACAAUGUGCUGAGCAUGCAAGUCAACUAUCCGAUUCGCGUUCUGAAGAACAGCGAGGAGCUGAUCGAGCACAUUGGCAAGGAGUCGCUGCCGGAGGAGUAUGGCGGCACCAAUGGGCACAUGGGCGAAUGUGUGGCCUACAUGGAGGACCUGUUGAACAGCUACCGUGGUUACUUCGAGCAGGACUGCAACUACGGCACCAUUGAGGAGCUGCGGCACGGCGAAAUAGCCACGUAUGAGGCGGAAUUCGGAGCCAGUGGCUCAUUCCGUCGCCUCAACUGGGAUUGAUACUAGUCCCGGAA